AUGAAAUUCACGUUCAAGUUCCCACUUGCAAGUGUUUUCAAGUAUAAACCAAGCAAGUUUAGCUACAGCUUAGAGCAGGAAAUACGCAAUAAAUUAGACUCUUUGCCAUCGGUGACGAGGAUUUAUACAAACCCCGAUGGGACACCGCGCGUGCCAAGCGAUGAAGAGUUCAAGACCAUUGCAGAAUUACAAAACAUGUACUAUAAAAGGAAUUGUUCAGAUUGGAACUACAUUUUGCCUGGAAUUCCCAAAGAUCACUUGAAGUUGUUUGAAGACAAUUCGCAGGACUUGGCCCAUUUUCAAUUUGUUACCAAGAACGCAGGUAAAAUAGUUGACAAGAUCCCUUAUAAGGACGAACAAACAGGUACAUUGAAGUGGAAGAUCAUUAGAGAAACACCUAAAGCUGAAGGCUGGGAAAUCCCAUAUUUCUAUAUAGUGUUGCCAGUUUUUGCAUAUAUUCUUUAUGUGAAAUACACUGCUCAAACCAAAGCAAGGGAAGUCGAAGGUCCAGAUUGGGCAGAAAAGGAAUUAAGAUUGAGAGCCAUGGAAGAUUACUUCCACGGUGAUACUGCCAAAGCCAAGGAGUUCUUGAGUAAUGAAAACAAAUCUAAGAAGGAAAUAAGAGAAAGAGAUGAGUUGGUCAUAGCAAGGAUUUUGGCUGGUGAUUACGACAAGUUGGCACAAUUGAAGAAGAAAUUACCUCAAGAUUUGAUCAAGUUGAACGAAGAUCCAGUGUUUAAAUACUAA